UCAGUUUCCUUCCGAUUUUCAAGUUGAAUAGUUGAUGGUGACUGUUUACUAUUCGUGCAUGUUGCGAUGAUUGCUCACUUAUCAGAGGUUUCGAUCUAUGCGGUGGCGCUAUGCUUGGCACUGGAACUUUCCUUGGUCACCGGACAGGUCCAGUAUCGGCUCACGCCGUUCCGUUCGGGCCGACCGAUGAAGCAACCGCAACUUAAAAGCGGCCCAGAGUGUCCAACGCCAUAUUUUCCAAACGGGGUGGCCAAAGCGCGCCAACGGAAUAAGAUGAUUCGGUUCACGUGUGCCAGUGGAUUCACUUUAGUUGGAAACAUGUACUCCAUGUGCGAGAAAGGGCGUUGGGAUGCUUUAAUACCGAUCUGCAUAAGAUCGGGAUGUCCAGAUCUGGCACUUGUGGAUAAUGGACAGAUUUCUUACGAAUACGGACAAGCGGCAGGAAUGUUGUUUUGUAGCAGUGGCUUUCAGGUGGCUGGUCCUUCGAAGACUUAUUGCAACGGAUCUCACUGGGAUCGCCCGUUGGGGAAUUGUCGCGAGACAGGCUUGGGUGUCGCAACCAGUUGCGAUUUUGAGGCAUCCGAUCUCUGUGGUUGGAUGAACGAGGCUACGCAUGAUUUCGAUUGGAAGCGAAGUGAUGGCAUUGUAUCCCCAAAAGCAUUGAAGACUGGACCGAAGCAUGAUCAUACGACUGGAACUUCGUUGGCUGGACACUUCAUGAUGGUAGACUCUGUAGUGCAGUUUACAAACGAAACGGCACGUUUGAUAUCACCGAUCUAUCCUGCAAACUAUAGCACGAACGCAUGUGUUUUGUUUUAUUAUCAUAUGUAUGGGGAUGGCGUUGGAACGCUUUCCGUGUACGUAAGACCAGUUUCCCAACAAUUAGACAACAUUCGCACCAAAGAUGCCAUCUUCACUGUGAAGGGUAACCAACGUAACGUGUGGAAUGAAGGUUAUGCCAAUGUAAAGCAAUAUUCUGAAGAAUUCCAAAUAGUGAUAGAGGCGUCAUUGGGUAUGAAAGCCAAGAGUGACAUAGCAAUUGAUGAUGUCAGUUUGCUGAAUGGCGAUGACUGUCGUCCGAUGCCCGAUAGUGAAGAUGGUGACGUUAAUGCAGAAGUGGUCCCCCCGGAAGUCCCUGGCGAAGAUAAUGUAUUCAAACUUGGCUCAUGUGAAAACCGUUGUGGUGUGAAUGUUUCGUCGGUUAUCACCAUUCCUGACACAAGUGUAAAUUUUGUGCAAUGUGAUUGUUUUGAAGGUUGUGUUGAUUCUAAAACAUGCUGCCCAGACUACGCAGAACGAUGCGUUUUCAACGAAACUGUCUUCGCGAGCUCCACCACAAUAUCUACGAGUACUAAGAUGACCUCGCCAACAUCAACUACCGGGAGGACGGUUCCAACAACAACGCCAGUAACAUCAACUGUUACCACAACAAUUGCUACCACUCCAUCCACAACCAAAUCUACCACUACAACCGUAAAACCUACCACUACUCCAACGACUCCAGCCACUACAUCGACUACUACCCAACGGACAACUGUAACUUCUACAGCUCGAUCUACCUCACUAACAAUUAACAAAACUACAGAAACAACCAAGCUAUCUUCUACGACAACUAAAACUUACAAUCUUAGGCCUAGACAGUCAACUACAAUCAAGCCGGUCAUUCUGCCUAUGGUUCGCACACGCAAACCCACCACAACUUCAACCACUACAACAGAGUCUACAACAACCACAGAAGAGGUCGUUCUAAAGCUAAUAGCUCGCUAUAGUGACGACGCGACGCUGGAGAUUGGCGAUUCCAAGCCGAAUUUAGCUCGCCUUUUCCUUUUCUCUGGGAUCGGCGUUAUCUCCUUUGGAUGCGUCGUCCUGCUGAUAGUGUUACACAUCCGACGUAACACCGGUUCGAACGUGCUGAACCGCUUGAAGCAAAAAUCGAUGAAGAGCAAAUUCGGCAGUAACGAAGUCUUCGAGGAUGUGCGCUUCUUGGCUGCUGACGAACAUUUGGACUUCAGUGUUCCGGACGAUGAUGUGGAAGAAGCCGCCGAAGGCGUCGAAGGAAACGAUGACGUAGAGAAAAAACCCAACAAGAGAGGGAAGAAAUAGAGUGAUAGCGUAAGAACAUGACUGUAACUUAUUGUGAAUAAAUAUGUUUGGUACUGUAAGCAAUA